CUGAGCCUGCCCAGACAGAAAUUUACAUGUGUGCGAACGUGAUGAGAAGAAUUUUACCAACAAAAGUCGGCCUUCGCAGGCAGCCUUACUCAUCAUACUUGUCCUUCCCGAAGCCUCCACAUUUACUCCACACUACACUCAUUUAUCAUAAUCGUGAAGGCUCGCCACCCAGUUUCAUACCCAUCGCUAUCUUUAACUUAUACCAUUGUUCACAAGCAUCCACUUGCACACAGCCCACCCAAAAAUGGAUGCGCUCGUUCCAACCACAAUUGAGCAGUGGGCUUUACUGCGCGAAGACGUCAAACAAACGACCAUCCUCACACGGACUCCAACGCAAACUGUCGAACUCAGGGUUUGCGCUAUCUUGACCUUCGUCAGUGGACUGCUCUACGCAUUAAGCUUUUUCAAGCGACGAAGCAGAGGAGCGUGGGUUUUCAAAAAAGACAGUGAAGGAUAUUGGCAUCCCAAUGUGCAUACAACGCUCCCAAUUUUUGCGGUACUCUAUGUGAUCUUGGAUGUGAGUGCUGUGAUAUGCGUAGAGAUGAAUCUUGGACAUGCGGUUGACCCAAUCCCCGUGGCACUGCAACUGGUAGCUUACCAGACACUACAAGUUUUUGCUUGGUUGAAAAUCUGGGCCGUUUUGUACGCACUUCUUUUCUCGCAGCAGCGAUUACCAGUAAACGCGGUUCACUCGACAAGAGCUCAAAGGCUCGUGUCGCCACACGUAUUCAAUACCGUCACCUCAUUGAUUAUCAUUACCGUAAUACUUGGACAACUGCCGUUGGUCUAUCUUCUAUGCACGGCGCUCCAGAAAUUCCGACAUCAAGUAUCUGCUACGGACUUGUCGUUUCAGAUGGUGAUUGAUGUGUCGCCGCAAGAUGAUGCCACGAGCAUCUAUGAUGCUGCUUUCCAAACUUUCGUUGACAUAGGCCUCUUGAAAAAAUUCGCAAACAAGGCAGCCAUACUCUUCAAAAUCUACACCAUUUUCGUCAUGGUCUGGAUGAGCUUCAACAUCCUGGUAUACCUCAUCUCCACGAGUUUCUUACUGCAUGCGUUGGGGUCUCAAAAGAAUUUUCUCAUAUCAGCAUUAGAAAAUCGCAAAGCGCUCAAAAUUAUUCAGCAACAUGAGCAGGAAGAGAUUGAUAGCCGUCACUCCAUUACUAGCUGGAUGAUUGAGUCGGCCCCCUCAAGUCCCACACGCCCGAAUCACGACGCUUCAAGAACCAAAUUAAACCACAAAAGUUUUAACCCAUGGACUUGGAGAUCAUGGAUAGAUUUCGCCAAUGACGAAAGCCUAAAUGGACACGUGUUCUGGGACCGAAUCCAUCAACUGAAUAUCCCAGUGCAUGCACCGAAGUCGUUAUCCGACGACGCAUCUCAGGUUGAUGAAAAAGGCGAACCGUAUGUGUGUCCCAACGAUGCUGCACUUGAGAAGCACUGUACGACUUUGAUUCGCUACUGGUAUUCUACCUUGGGACAAACUGUCAUUGGCUUAGGAAUGUUUGCUUCUUACCUGAUAAUGGCCGGUUGGUUAUUGAGCAAAUGGGCUAAUUCAUCUGGUCAAGACGAGCUGAUUCAGGCUUUUGUCUGGUCAAACUGGACGUGGGGGGGUGGAUCGGGACCUCUUCUGGGAAUUGUUGCCUGCAUUGUGGCUUUCUCUCCAACACCGGAACUACCCAGCGAUUUAAAAUCCAAAACAUCUGGUUCAUCAAAAUUCAAAUCUUCCCAGCCGGUAACCAGCCUGGGCUCACUUGGAGGCAGUGAGCGGAAAAUACAAGAGGGUGGCCCUUUGGAACUGAUAAGUCUAUCCGCCCAAAGAACGCCGAUUCAAAAAUCUGGGGUAGAGAAGGUGCCUGCUCUGGGCUUGAAGGCUGCCUAUCGUGACGACAACUUGAGCAUUGGAAGGUCGGAAUGGGCCAGGCCGUCGAAUGAUUUCAUCCGAACCGAAAAAAACCAAUCAAGUCUAGACCGCCAGAUAUCCAACUCUUCAACAUACUCCGCAUACAGCCACGCAUCUGCUCGUCAGCAACUGGCGCGAAAGGCUUCACCCGAAAGACAGGAUUGGUUAAAACUAGACACCUUUCAAAGUGAAGACUUGGUGGAAGAAGAAUGGAUUGGUGGGCACUUCAAAGCUAUUCAACGUUUGCGAGAGGGUCUUCGCGCGGAUGUACGAUCGAGCAGGUCUUCUCAAAGAGCAAGAAGUCGGAUUCUUUAG